AUGCACACAGUGGAGGUAGCGGUUUCCCUGCUGUUGGUCGCGAUCAUCGUGGUGUCGUUGCUGUCCAACGUGGUGGUGCUGAUUUGCUUCCUCUACAACGCGGAGAUCCGCAAACAGGUGCCGGGGCUCUUUAUUCUCAACCUGACACUUUGCGACCUGCUGCUGACCGUCUCCAACAUGCCCCUGACCCUCGGAGGACUUAUCUACAGAGGUCACCCGGGCGGACAGGGGUUCUGCCAGAUCGUGGGCUUUCUGGACACGUUCUUGACCACCAACUCCAUGCUGAGCAUGGCCGCGCUGAGCAUAGACCGGUGGGUGGCCGUGGUCUUUCCCCUGAGUUACCACUCCCGGAUCCGGCAUAGGGACGCCGUGAUCGCCCUGUGCUACACGUGGAUUCACUCGCUGUCGUUUUCCGUUGUCGCGUCGUGCCUGUCCUGGGUGGGAUACCAUCAACUCUACGCCUCGUGCACCCUCUGCAACACCAGGGCGAGCGGCGUCAGGACUCAGUUUGUCGUCUACACGCUCGUGUUGCACUCGGUGACUUUCUUGCUCUCGCUGGUCGUGCUCUGCGUAACGUACCUCAAAGUGCUGAAAGUGGCCCGGUUUCACUGCAAGCGCAUCGACGUGAUCACCAUGCAAACGCUUGUGUUGCUCGUGGACAUCCAUCCGAGUGUGCGUCAGCGGUGUCUGGAGGAGCAGAGGAGGCGACGGCAGAGGGCAACCAGGAAGAUCAGCACCUUCAUCGGCACCUUCAUCAUCUGCUUCACACCCUACGUACUCACCAGGGUGAUGGAGCUGUUUGAGCUGAUUCCCAUCAGUCCCCAGUGGGGGGCGCUGUGCAAGUGUCUGGCCUACAGCAAGGCGGCCUGCGACCCCUUCGUCUACUCGCUGCUCCGCCACCAGUACCGCAAGACCUGCAGGGACAUCGCCAACCGCCUCCUCAAGAGGAGGGCGCGCUCCCUCAACAUCAACAGCGGUGCCCCCAGCAGGCAGGAGAACGGCAAGAAGUGGAGGAGGGAGAAGGAGGUGCGGAGGACCAGGGAGCAGGAGCAGGCGCAGGAGGGGGAAGAGGAGGAGCACUGCACAGGCCCAUAA